AUGACAGGCACCGAUGAGACCAACCAGGCUAUCCAGCACAGCUAUGUUACCGCGGAUUUUGAGACUAAAAACGGUAUAGUAGACGAAGGGCUGACAAAGGAAUCCUCGGACGAGUAUAUCCUGCCAGAUAAAGCGCAGUUGACAAAAUCGCUAGUCAUCCGUAAGGCUGAGUUAAUGGCGAAACAAUACGACACCGUGUUGCUAAAGUCUCUAUUUCUAUUCGCUGCGUUCAUAUGUUCAUUUGGCUACGGAUUGGAUGGAAACAUAAGAAGCAUCUACAUGAAUUAUGCCAUGAAUUCUUACGAAAGUCUUUCCCUGAUAUCUACAAUCGAAGUAGUAAGCUCAGUGAUGUCUGCUAUUUCCCAAAUUUUUUUUGCAGGGCUGUCAGAUGUCUUUGGUAGGCUCAGCUUAUUCAUUGUGUCUAUUGUAUUUUAUGUGGUGGGUACAGUUAUUCAAUGUCAGGCAUAUAACGUCCAGAGAUAUGCGGCCGGAUCUGUCUUCUAUAGCAUAGGACUUACUGGUGUUAUGUUGGAGCUGGUUUUGAUUCUCUCCGAUAACUCGUCACUGAAGUGGAGAUUGUUUUACAUAUUUGUACCAGCUUGGCCAGCUAUUAUCACCACUUGGGUUUCUGGUAAUGUUGUGGAUGCCGCAACCCCAGAGAACAAUUGGUCUUGGGAUAUCGCUAUGUGGGCAUUCAUUUUUCCAUUGACUUGCGUUCCGUUGAUUGGUUGCAUGCUUCACAUGAGAUGGAAGGUGAGAAACGACCCAGAGUGGAUAGAGUUGCAGACAGAAAACUCUUUUUAUCAAACCCAUGGGUUGAUUCAAACUCUGGUUCAGCUAUUUUGGAAGCUAGACAUUGUGGGUCUCUUAUUAUUCGCUGCGAGCAUAGGAUGUAUUCUUGUUCCCUUGACUUUAGCUGGUGGAUAUUCUUCGCAAUGGCAGAACCCUAAAAUUAUUGCGCCAUUUGUGGUUGGCUUCGUUUUGGCUUUGGUGUUUAUUUAUUGGGAAAGCAAGUUGGCUCUUCUACCAUUUGCCCCAUUUAGGCUGUUAAAAGACCGUGGUGUCUGGGCGGCUUUAUGGAUCAAUUUCCUAGUAUGUUUCAUUUACGCUAUGGCUUGUGGUUACCUGUACCCCAUUUUAAUUAUUGGUAUGAAUCAGACUGAUCUUUCUGCGACGAGAAUUUCGAGUCUAUACUCUUUCGUUGCUGCCAUUUUCUCUCCAUUCAUGGGCUUCGCCGUCACCAGAUCUUCCAGAUUGAAACCCUACUUACUUGGUGGUUGCUCACUUUAUUUUGUCACGAUGGGAUUGUUUUACUACUACAGAGGAGAUCAAGGAUCUGCCAAAGGCAUCAUUGGUGCUAUGAUUGUUUGGGGUUUUGCUAGCUGUAUGCUCGACUACCCUGUAAAUGUUUCGCUUCAAUCUGUCACCUCUCAUGAACAUAUGGCAACAGUUACAGCCUUAGGCUACACAAUUUUCAGCAUUGGUGGGGCGGUUGCGGCCGCUGUCUCAGGCGCCAUAUGGACUCAAUUACUAUACCCUAAACUUGUAGAAUUCAUGGGCGAUACAGACUUGGCGGAAGCUGCAUAUAGCUCACCAUAUGAUUUUAUCAAUGACUAUCCAUGGGGAACUCCUAUGAGAACUGCUUUGGUUGAGGCUUAUAAACAUGUGCAAAAGUACGAGGUCAUAGUCGCAUUAGUGUUUACGGCGCCGAUGCUCUUUUUGACAUUUUGCUUGAGAGAUCCUGAGUUGGGUGACGAUGUUGCUCAAAAGCUGGAUGAAGGGGAAUACGUCAAUGCUGCAGAAGAGGAUCCUAUUGGCGACUGGAUUUCUUCUCGUUUUUCCAAAUUGAGGCGCAGAGGAUGA